CCUUACGUAGCAGGCGGUGAGGAUGUCAUCCAAAAUUAUGUAUUGCAUUCAUAUGAUGUCCAACAUCGUUUGUUUAAUUUCGUGUUAGAUAGAGAUUUUUGGAGCUCAUUGUUUGGGCAUACACACGACGGAUGGUUGGAGUCAGCGCAUAUAACCAUUUGGUACCGACUAUUGAUGGAGAGACGGUUUGAGAGCGACCAACAUACAAUAAUGCCUCCAAAUUUUUUUGUUUCUCAUGCUUUGGAAGAAGGACAGGACUGGAGGGCGUUUAUGGCUGGUAUUGCUACGUACCCCAACUUCAUGGUUGCUUGGUGGAAUGUUGAUACGGUCUUAUUGCCGAUUCAUUCAUCCCCUAAUCAUUGGCUAUUUGGGGAACUACGAUUAGCGUCAAUGGAAGUGCAUAUUUAUGACAGUCUUGGUAGAGGGGCUUAUGAAAAAUUCAAAUAUGAAGGAAUCUUUUCCAAAUUUGUACGUCGGGUGGCAAAUUAUUUGGACAAGAUUAAGUAUUGGGCCCGGAGGAACAUCCCAAGGAUUCCAUUGAAUAUGCAAUUCAUUUAUGAAGAAAAUGUUCCCCAACAAAGUAGUCAUUUGGGAGAUUGCGGUGUUUUUCUUUGUAUGUUUAUGGAGCAAUUGGUUUCAGGUCAACCAAUAUGUGUUCUUAUUGACCCAAAGAACGCAGCUUUAGAGUUCCGUCUACGGAUGACAAAAAUUAUUUGGGGGUCUAGUCUUGGUCCUAUGUAA